AUGACGACCUCCAGUACCGAAUUGGCUGGUAUGGAUGAGGAAUUGUCCGUUAUCGGCACGAUUUGGUCCUGUGUCAACGAAGCUGCCUGGUUUGCGGCCGGCUUCCUUCUCUUUCGAUUGGCGCUACGCUACAACCUUCUUCCGGCACGAAUCGAGCUCUGGACUCCACAGGCUCUGAAGACCAAAAGCAACAAGGCUGGCAAUUCGCCAGGCGCCAACAAGCAGCGCUGCCGCGCCACCCAAGCAAUUUGUGAUCGCAGCGACGCUGGUGACCAUCAAGCUGUCUUGGCCAAGUGGAAUGAGGUAAGGGCGGAAGCCGGUGCACCCAGCCUUCAGCUGGUGGCCUUGGAAGCAGUGGCGGAAGCUUUGACCAUCUGCGAGCCAAGCCGCUUAGCCGACGAGCUCACGCAGUACCUGUCCCUUCAUCCUCUGAUGGCUCGUCCCUCGAACACACAUGGCCUCGUGGCAACGAUUUUGAAGGCAGGCCGUGACCCGGAUUUGGCCCAGACCUUCAUCGAGCAGAUGCAGGCGGAGAAGAUGCAGUCUGCGAUUACAGCCAAGGUUCAAGACAUGAUCUUGGGCCAUUUCGCUGCCAAGGGACUCUACGCCAAAGUUACGACACAUCUUGCCCGGAGGGAGCCAGACUCUGAGACGUGGACCUCCGGCUUGAAUGCUGCUAUCCGCGGCUUUCUCCAGGGAGGCCACCUGAAAUUGGCAAUGAAAUGCAUACAGGAGGUGCAGGAGAUGGGACGUUCCAUCAGUCCAGCAUCCGCUGCUGCUAUGCUUGAUGCAUCCUGCAACAAGAAGGACGUUUCCAUUCCGAAAGUCCUGGACAUCUUGGGAGGUACCAACCUACCCACGGAAUCCGCAGCGGCGGUAAUGUCGACUUGUUUGAAGAAGGAUGAUACUGUCGCUGCGCGUAAGCUGGAAAGCCAACUGCGUGGACAAGGGCAGGUCCCUUUUGCAGUUCUGGAGCCUCUGCUGAAACUCGCCGCGAAGCAUGAUGAGGAAUGGGCCCAGCAACUAAUGCAGGAGACGCAGGAGAGAAACAUGUUCCUGUCGGAGGGCCUUUGUGGCCUGGUUCUCUCUCGAUGUGGUGAAGCUCGUCACAUUCAGCUUGCGGAGGUGAUACAGCGAUAUCUUCGUGACCGGAAGAUGACCAGCUUGGCCACCUACAAGACCCUCAUGAAGGUCUAUGCCACUUGUGAACUCUUCGAGCGUGCUUGUGACUUGUACGACGACGUUCUGGCAGAUGGCAUUACACCCGACAGUGUGAUGUACGGUUGCCUGGCAAAGUUUGCCACGAAGUGUGGCCGCGAUGCUUUGCAAGACAGGCUCUUCAGUGCCGCUUCGGAGAAGCCUGAGGGCGGCGAUGUUCAGAACUACAUGUGGCUGAUACGGUCAGCAGGACAGAGACAUGAUGUUGCCCGCGCAGUCAGUUUGCUUCGGCAGCUGCAGCACCAGAAGGCUGUGAUGGUGGAUGCCGCCACUUACAACUGUGUCCUGGACGUGUGUAUGUCGAACGGAGCCAUGCAGCAGGCAGAAACAAUCUUUCAGGAGAUGCAGCAGAAGAAGCUUCAAAACCUGAUCACCUACAAUACGCUCAUGAAGGGCUAUGCUAUGAAGGGCGACCUGACUCGUGCGCGCCGCCUCCUCCAGGACAUGCAGGAGGCUGGCCUGAAGCCCAACUCCGCCUCCUUUAACUGCCUAAUCAGUGCAGCAGUCACAGGAGGCGACUACCAACAGGCCUGGACCAUCUUCGAGAGCAUGCGGAAGUGCGGCGUGGAGGCCGACAGCUUCACUGUAUGCAUCCUCCUGAAGAUCGUUCGAAAAGCGAGCAACCGUCGCGAUGCUCAGAGGGCCUUGAGCGUGCUGGAUGCAUCGAAGGUGGACAUCUGCAAGGAUGAGAUUCUGCUGAACACCGUCUUGGAUGCUGCAAUCCACCUGAAGGACACGCGGCGCCUGGCCUGGCUGCUCCGCGACUUCGAAGCCGCGACGCUGCUUCCGUCGGUGCAAAACUACGGGCUCAUCAUCAAGGCCUAUGCGUGCCUGAAGCAGACGAAGAAGUGUUGGUCCAUCUGGCACGAGAUGACGGACAAAGCACAGAGAGGUCUGGUUCCCUCAGACGUGGCGCUGAGCUGCAUGCUGGACAGCAUCGUGAGUGCUGGCCAGGUGGAAGAGGCCGUUACUCUCUUUGACCAGUGGCGUGAGCUGGUGCCACCGAACACGAUCAUUUUUUCCAACCUGAUCAAAGGCUUUGCUGCGCAGGGGGAUGCGGAGCGGGCGCUGGACAUGUAUAGCCAGCUGCGGGCAGAAGGGUUGAAGAUGAACCUGGUUGCAUACUCUACCCUGAUCGAUGCACAGGCGCGAGCUGGAAAGAUUGAAAAGGCACAUGCCCUUCUGCAAGAGAUGAGGGAGGAUGGCAUUGAGCCCAACACGAUCACAUACUCGUCCUUGGUGAAAGGACAUUGCAGGGAAGGCGAUCUCGAUGGUGCUCUCAAAGUCUUUGAGCAAAUGGUUGCCAACGGAGUUCUGCCCGACACGGUUAUGUACAACACUCUGCUGGACGGCUCGGUUCGCGCCUGCCGCUUCAGCCUGUGCGACCAGCUGCUGAAGGAGAUGGCACAGUCUGGUGCAGAGCCAUCCAACUUUACACUGUCCAUUGUGGUGAAGAUGUGGGGCAAGCGUAAGAAGCUGGACAAGGCAUUCGACACCGUGCGAUCACACGCCGAGGCAGAGAGCCUGCAGCUUGACUCCAAGCUCUGCACGUGUCUGAUCAGCGCCUGCUUCCACAACGGGGCGCCCAAGCGGGCCCUGGCGGCGCUCGAGGAGAUGAAGACCUGGAAAUACUGCGAUGGCCCCGAUGCCGGAACUUACGAGCAGCUCAUCGAGCAGCUCGUGAAGGCGCGGCUGGUCCCGGAGGCUGCUGCGGUUGCCCAGGAAGCCGUGGCACUGGCUUGCAGCCCACGCUCGGGCAUCAAACCGCUGAACACUGCGGUGCUGAGAAUUCUGCAGCGAAGCUUGGAGCAAUGUGGCCAGGGGAGGCUUUGGAACCCCAUCAAGGAUCAGCUGCAGCGAGCCCGACUGCCGAUGCCAUAG